CGGAAAUGUGACUGCUACUCGUGACUGUUGACUCGCCUCGAUCGAUCCCUUCGGACAAGAUGGAUGGGACAAGAUGAAGCAUGGUACAAGAACAGCCACAUAGAUCUGAAGCAGUCAAAGUCCAGCUGCCCACGAAUCACUGAUCACGAAUGGGCGCGCGAUGCUAUUAUUAUUAUUAUACCUGCCAUGCUGGAAUCGUUAAUGUCGGGCUUGCAGAAGUCUCAGCAUGGUGUGAGUGAGUAUAAGUCAGGUGAACAUGAGGAACAUCCGCGACUCAAUCAUAUCAGCUCUAGCAGCAUCAGCAGGAGGCGCAUGGCAGGAUUCGAGACUUUGCCCUCUGCUGUAAAAUGACUGCUAGUUGCGCGUGCAAGACACGCUGCAAUAAACACGCGCCACUGCUGGCCGGGCAACCAGCAGUGCAAAGGUGUGAGAGAGACUUCGACUCAUCGGCUGCGCCCACUGAUGACUCAAAGUGUCGCAUCGAUGUCACGAACGAGUUAUUUGGCUGCGUGCGCACGCAUGCACUCACUUGAUCGUGACUCACUCUCUCAGACUGCUGCUGAGCGAGCUUGUCUGCACGAUCGUGGAUUGCGCAGUCUAGC